GAUCAAGUUCUCUCGUUGAGACAACAAGAAAGAAUCAACAUGAAAACUAUUGCGCUUUUUGCAAUUGUUCUGGCAGUUGCUGCUGCUGAGCCGGGCUUGAACAGAGGAAAAGUUGGGCCUCCGCCACUCAUUAAUCGCCCACGUCCUCCAACUGGCACCGGCAACCGUUUUCGUCGAUCCCCUGAACCUGAGCCACAAGGAUCUAUCGUGCUGCAAGGACAGAAGCCUCUGGAAGGCCCCAAUCGUCAUGGAUCAUGGAGCUUAGACUACCAGCAUAAAAUCUUCGAGGGUAAAAAUGGACAUGUCAGCGCAUCAGGUGGUAUGGGCAGCCAGAACGGUCACAGGACCGAACCACAUGUUGGAAUUCAAGGACAGUGGAGAUUCCGCCGGUCUCCUGAACCUGAGCCACAGGGAUCUAUCGUGCUGCAAGGACAGAAACCUCUAGAAGGCCCCAACCGUCAUGGAUCAUGGAGCUUAGACUACCAGCACAAAAUCUACGAGGGUAAAAAUGGACAUGUCAGCGCAUCAGGUGGCAUGGGCAGUCAGAAUGGUCACAGGACUGAGCCACAUGUUGGAAUUCAGGGACAGUGGAGAUUCCGUCGGUCUCCCGAACCUGAGCCACAGGGAUCUAUCGUGCUGCAAGGACAGAAACCUCUAGAUGGCCCCAACCGUCAUGGAUCAUGGAGUUUGGAUUACCAGCACAAACUCUAUGAGGGUAAGAAUGGACAUGUCAGCGCAUCAGGUGGUAUGGGCAGUCAGAAUGGUCAGAGGACUGAGCCACAUGUUGGAAUUCAAGGACAGUGGAGAUUCCGUCGGUCUCCUGAACCCGAGCCACAGGGAUCUAUCGUGCUGCAAGGACAGAAGCCUCUAGAAGGUCCCAACCGUCAUGGAUCAUGGAGUUUGGAUUACCAGCACAAACUGUACGAGGGUAAGAAUGGACAUGUCAGCGCAUCAGGUGGCAUGGGCAGUCAGAAUGGUCACAGGACCGAGCCACAUGUUGGAAUUCAAGGACAGUGGAGAUUCCGUCGGUCCCCCGAACCUGAGCCACAGGGAUCUAUCGUGCUACAAGGACAAAAGCCUUUAGAUGGCCCCAAUCGUCAUGGAUCGUGGAACUUGGAUUACCAGCAUAAAAUUUUCGAGGGUAAGAAUGGACAUGUCAGCGCAUCAGGUGGUGUUGGCAGCCACCAAGGUCAAAGGACCGAACCACAUAUCGGCCUUCAAGGACAAUGGAGAUUCCGUCGUGCAGCUGAAGCAACAGCUGUGUAAAAUCUUCAACGUCGAAAGGUAAACGAAACAAGAAUGAUAGCCAUCUGGAUACCAACUGGAAGAUCAAAUGACAUCAACAUCAGUCAAUGCAUCGUAUUUACUUUCAAAUAAUUCGUUCGAUGAGACAAAAAUACUCCACCAUUUAGAAUACGUAAUUUAUAACACAUCAAUCCUGCCAAUAUUCGCUACUAUGUAUUUUCAUUUAUUUCUCCAAUAAAAAAACAAUCUGGACAAAUCA